AUGUCGGUGCAGGCAACGGUGGAACAGCAGGUUGCCCAGCUGGGAACGAACCCGGCCAUGCUGGAGCAGCUUCUGAUGGAGAUGUUUGUGCCAGACACCGCUCAGAUCAAGAAAGCGGAAGGCCUGCUGAAGAAGUACACGAAGGAGCCGGCCUGCGUGCCCCCGUUGCUGCAGCAGAUGCGCUCCUCCCAGCACGAGCAGGCCAGGCAGCUGGCGGCGAUGCUCCUCAAGAAGAAGAUUGUCCAACAUUGGAAGACCUUCAAUGACGCGGAGAAGGAAAGCGUCAAGAGUGUGCUCCUACAGGCGGUGGGCACAGAUCCUUCCCGACUGGUCCGAAUCUCCGUAGCUUCGCUGAUCGCGAAGCUCGCCAAGACGCUGUUCGCGACCCCUCAGGGGUGGCAAGAGCUCUUGGAUCUGGUGGGGCAGUGCGCGCAGCACGCGCAGUCGGAGGACCACCGGGAGCUGGCGUUCGUGAUCUUGUUCGAGCUGACGGAGACGGUGGGCGACGUGCUGACGGCACACUUCGACGUUCUCCAGGGGCUCUUUCUGCAGGCCCUCCAGGACCCCAGUCCGAAGGUGCAGGUCUCGGCGCUCAAGGCGUGCUCGGCUCUACUGGCGUACCUGUCUAUGGAUGACGCGGGCAUGAAGUUCCGCUCUCUCGUGCAGCCCUGCCUACAGGUGGCGAAAGGGUGCUUGCUGAGGGGGGACGAUCAGACGGUGGCGGUAACUCUCGAGGUUUUCGCGGACCUGUGCAGCAGCCCUCUGCCGCUGAUCAACGCGCACGCUGACGAGAUAAUUGACUUCCUGCUGCAUAUUCUUGGGGACGCGGAAACGGAGGUGAACCUGAAGGAUUCUUCGGCGCUGGUGCUGACGCAGCUGGCCGAGGCGAAGCCUAAGCUGGUCGUCAAGACCAACAAGGUGCCGCAGAUCCUUCAGGUGUUGAUGAAUCUCAUCGCCGAGUACAAGGGCUCCGCGGCGAACGCGUUGUUCAACUACCAGGCGCUGGAUGACGACGAGGACGACGACGACGACGAGGACUACGACGGCCCAAAUCCCCAGUCGAUCGCGCAAGCCUGCCUGGACUCGAUGGCCCUCCAGCUGCCUACCAAGCACACGUUUGGCCCGCUCAUGGACCUGUGCAACUCAUUCCUCGGAAGCCCCGAGCCGCACAUGCGCAAGGCGGCCGUGGCGUCACUUGGGGUGAUGUCGGAGGGGUGCGCCGAGCCCAUCAAGGCGCGCCUCACGGACAUCCUGCCCAAAAUCCUUCAGCUGGCGCUGGACGAGAGCCCCCACGUCCGCGAGUGCUCGUGCUUCUGCCUGGGCCAGUUCGCGGAGCACUGCCAGCCCGAGAUACUGGACCACUCGGAGGAGGUGCUGCCGAUCGUGUUCCGCCUGCUCGACGACGCCACCGACAACGUCAAGGGCGUGUCCUGCUACGUGCUGGAGAUGUUCACGGAGAACCUGGAGCCGGAGACCGUGAUGCCCUUCCUGGAGCCGCUCAUGACUCGCCUGGUGCAGAUGCUGCAGACGCCCAAGAGGGGCGUGAAGGAGAUGUCCGUUGCUGCGAUCGCGGCCACCGCGGUGUCUGCGGGACAGAGCUUCCUGCCCUACAUGGCGGCGACUUGCGCCAUGCUCGGACCGUUCAUGACGUUGCAAGAGGAGAAAAUGCUAAACCUCCGAGGCAGAGCGUUGGAGUGCAUGGGGCACGUGGCCAUCGCCGUGGGAAAGGAGAACUUCAAGCCCUACGUCGAGCCCUGCAUCGCCCAAGCCGAGCAGGGUCUGCAAUUCGACUCCACCGAGCUACACGAGUACAGCUACACGUUCUUCGCGAACCUGGCCAAGGUCCUGGAAGAGGACAUGAGCGUCCACGUCGCCAGGCUGGCGCCGCACCUGCUCAAGGAGAUUCAGGAAUCCGAUGGUACCGGUCUGGACGGUUUGGGGUCGGAUGACGACGAAGAUGACGCUUUCGUAGACGCGGACGACGAGGACGGGGAGGAGUUCACGGGGGCGUACUCGAACAUCCGGACGUCGGUUUUGGACAAGAAGAAGGCGGCACUGGUCGCCCUUGGGUCCUUGGCUGAGCACGCACCCCUGGCCUUCUACCCCCACCUGCCUCUGGCUAUGGAGACCCUGGACAAUCAGGUGGACUACUGGCACGGGGAAGUGCGGGCGGCUGUCUGCUCGUGCUUGGAGUGGAUGGUGCACGUUGCUAACACGGUGUUCCCCCCGGAGCAAGAGUGGCAGAAGGGGCAGGCGACACCGUUGUCGCAGGUGACGGGCGGCGUGUGCGCGAAGGUCGUGGAGCUGCUGCUGCGGUUCAUGGCGGACGACCACGAGGCCCAGGUGGUGGCGGUGGCGUGCCAGGGCCUGAAGGGGGUGGUGGAACUGGUGGGGCCUGCGGCGAUCUCGAGCAACAUGACGGAGGUCAUGAACGUCACAAACAAUCUCCUCAUGGAGAAGGGUAACUGCUUUGGGCAGUUGUUUGACGACGGGGGAGAGGGAGAGGACGACGAAGAGGACGACGACGAGGACACCGCGGACGGCAACGUUGCCUACGCAGCGUGCGACCUCGUCGGAGCGUUCGCGAAGGUUAUCGGCCCAUCGUUCGCCGAGUCGUUCGAUGUCUUCCUGCCGAACAUUCUCAAGUACACCAAGGGGUCGAGGCCGGCCUCGGACAGGUCGAUGGCGGUGGGCUGCUUCGCUGAAGUUUUCGAGUCCAUUGGCCCCUUGGUGGACUCCAGCGCGGGGGUGCGACGGAACGCCGCAUUCUGCGCAGGGACGUUGGCUCAGGGGGGAGGGGAGGUGAUCGUGCCGUACUACCCCGAGCUUCUCCAAGCCUUGCAUCCCCUCUUCGCGCUGACGAGCAAGGGCACCGAGGGGGGCGUGGUGGACAACGCGGCAGCCGCGGUGGCGAGGAUGAUCAUGGCGGCGCCGGCGGCGUUGCCGAUGGACCAGGUGCUCCCGGUAUUCCUGUCCGCGCUGCCGCUCAAGUCGGACCGCAGCGAGAACGAGGCGGUGUACACGUGCUUGCUCGGGCUGAUCCACCUGCGCCACCCGGAGGCGCUGCGGUUGCUGGACUCCAUCAUGGCGGUGGUGGCUCAGGCGCUAACACCGGCGGCCAAGGUGCAGGAGGAGAUCCAGGACACCUUGGUCAAGGGGAUCCAGGCUGCGGCGGGGGAGCUCGGCGAGCCUUUGAAUGCGGCCAUCGAAAAGCUCCCGGCAGACCUCAAGCAGGGGCUGUUGCAACGCCUCAACGCGCAAUAACAGAAGAUGCUAUCAUAGGCGAGUCAGGUGGGCAGUAGUGCGAUGACCGGAGCUGGCUUUUCCUGCUGCCCGCGUCGAUGCCUGCUGCUGCUGCUGCCCGAUAGAGGGUAUGUGCCGAAGACGGCACGCACCAGACAGGGCGCAGAUAUUGUAAUCCUGUUGUGUGCCUGGGUUCUCUGUAGGCGUUCUACUGACUUCGUCGUCGAUUGUUGUUAGCUUUGAAGGCCAUGGGAUCAGCGCCCAGCUGAGGUAUGGCUGGGGAGAGGGCAGGGUAGAGCUAUGGAUGGAUCUUUUGGGAGGAGUGUGCGUGUGGAUACAAACCUUAAGACAGACGUUGAUGUUUCUCCAGUUUGUCAGUUUGUUGGCCACCAGAUGGCACCAGUUUUACCCAUUGUGUGAAAGAGGGAAUGGUCCUCGACCCUUAUGUAGGGGAUCUUUUUCCACAUUACCCCCCCCCCCCCCCCCCUUUUUUGAGUCUUCCGGGUUGCUAUGUAGGCAAGAAGGCUCGUAAGGGGUAGUAGCCGGAAUCCGACCGACUGGCGGCGUGUCGAUGCACUUACUCACAAUCUUCUUUACGUGUUUUCACGGGUUCAGUACGUCCGCCACGUUUGUUGCAUGCUCCACGAGUUCGAAGAUUUGUAUUUGGUCCCCCACCAAUUUUUCCCUCCUUUUUUUGGAGAGAAAAGGUGGCGGGUGGCGGAUCUGCACCCGGGUUCUCUUCCACCAAAAGCAGGCAUGUCAUCGCGAACGCCAAUGUGAGGAGAAGAGAUCGUACUCGCAGACGUUUGCAGAUUGUACCCUUUAUGAAGUGGAUCUCCACGAUCGGCGGGAAGUAGAGGAGGCCUGCACGGCACACCAAGGCAGAGCACACUCAUGCCAGAAUAUUGUACAACAUGUGAACAUGUUGCCCGCGUUAGGUUGGGGAAGAAACGGUUGCUUUUCGCACACACGUGGGUGGCUCCGCGAGUUGUUGACACGCAACAACUGACCAGAGUCGUGCAGCUAGCGGCUUGCACUACGUUUGCACAGUCUAGCCCAGAAAACAACCGGGAGGGGGGGGAUGAUGUUCGGUCGCGAUCUUCGUCAGUUGAUGGUUGUUGUUGUCUCUUGCUGCGUGUAGUUCUUGCCGUUGGUGCGCAUUUGAUGGCAGCUCGGUUCGUGUCGACCGAGUGCCCUUCAAUGGUACUCACUCGUUGCACGGGCAAGAGCCUAUGUAACCCUGUGUUGUGUGUACUUUGUUGUAACCCUGUGUUUGUUAAGACCGAGGACAGUCAGGAAGGACAGCAUUCAAGAAUUGUGUUGGUGGCAUAUCGUUGUCGUCUUGACGGGAGGCUUGUCGAGUUCGGCGCUUGGGCGGGUGAAUGCGAGCGAUUGUCUUUUGUCGAACUCAUCAUCCCCUGUCAAGACUUGUCAGCAAGUGUCUGUGAGUCCUUCUUGCGUUUCUUGAUGAGCGCAUGGGCAAUACUGGGCCGACGGCUUUGCUUCAUACUCUCCCUAAGGGGGCAGCUCUGGUAGCGGCUGUAGUAGCGCGGUGUGUUCCCACUGUUUAUUUAGUCGGCAAUAUAAAACCAAAACUAUUUUCGGAUGCAGUUAGUUCAUGGUGCGGUGUGUAGCUUGGCGUCUCAAAACCGCAGCAGUUCAAAGCAAUAAUACGUUCUCCGCGA